AUUUCGAUCGCGGCGGCCGAUGUGCCCGUCUGCCUUGCCGAAAUGCCCGGUAUCUUGCCCAUGAAAGUGAUCAAGGUCGGUGGCACCGGCACUCAAAGCCGGAUCGCCCAGGCCUGUGAUCGUUGCAGAAGCAAAAAGAUCCGUUGCGAUGGCGUCCGACCAUGCUGUACCCAGUGCGCCAACGUUGGUUUCGAGUGCAAAACGAGUGAUAAGCUGAGCCGCCGUGCUUUCCCCCGUGGUUAUACCGAGUCUUUGGAGGAACGAGUGCGAUCUCUGGAGACAGAGGUCAGAGACCUGAAGGAUCUGCUGGACGAGAAGGAUGAGAAGAUUGACGUGCUCUCGCGGAUACAUUCUUUUUCUCCGCCCCAAAGAACUGCGUCUUCACAAUCUCCAUCAGCGCCUUCAUCUGGAACGACUAAAUCUAUCGGUUCGGAUGCGGGAGACAGGGUAGUUCAUGUUGAGCGAUCGCGUCCUCUCCCAAAAAUCAUCCGACAACCCCUAUACCGCAUUUUCGAGCACCCAAGGCUUUGCCGGUAUCUUACACAACCAGAUGUUUUCACCGACAAGCUUGUCAGCCAGGGGAAAUCAGUGUCGAAAAUCCCCACUAAAGCACUGACCAGAUUGCCUGCCCCGGUGGCCCGCGGAUCCCCCAACCAAACCGUGAAGACACCGCCACGCCUGGUGUCCGAUCAGCUCAUUAAUAUAUUUUUUCAAGAGUGGGCACCAUUGUACCCCGUGGUGCAUCGUCCGACUAUCCUGAAAGCUUACGAACAAUAUUUGAAUAAUCCCGAUUCUUUGAAAGAUGAUGCUCAUGCCAUGACGCAGCUGAACCUGAUUUUUGGAAUUGCAGCUCUAUCGUCAAUCUCGAGGACCCACCAGGACCCCGCCUUCUUUGAGGAGAACUGGACAGCUUCUCUCGAUUCAUUCAUGGGCGAAACCUCUCUCGGUAGUUUGCAAUGCUUUGUCUUGGCCCAGAUCUACUGCAUGACCAAAGCCGAUUACAACAGUUUGCUUCGCUACCGCGCCCUUGCUGUGGAUAUUUGCCAUCAGUUGGACCUUCACCAGAACCAAGAGGAUUCUUCAUUCAAUCCCUUGGAGGGAGAAACUCGCAAGAAGGUCUUCUGGUGUCAAUAUGUCUUGGACCGAUUCUCUUCUGCCUUGACCGGCAUGCCUGUUCUUCUGCGCGAGGAUGAUAUUCAGACAGGGUAUCCCGUUGAUGUGGAUGACGAGAAUGUUACCGAGACCGGAUUCCUGCCCACUCUCCCUGGUGAAUCAACUCGCGUUUCAAGUGCUCUUGCUCUCUUCUCGGUUUCGAGGAUUCUGAGCAAGGUCUUGGAGGACUUGUUCCCUUCAAAGCCAACCUACGACAUUCAUGUCUCCAAGAUGCACUUGGUGGCAGGGCAGCUAGAUGACUGGCUUUCGACACUACCUCCCCACCUUCAUCUCGAAUUUUCUCAGGAUAAGCCCAGUACAAAUGUUACGAGCAGCCGGUCGCCUCUUUUGUCUCUUGUUUAUUACUUCAUUCGAUCUCUGAUUCAUCGCCCCGCCGUGUGCUUCGCUGAAGAAAGUCUGCGCUCCACAUCGGUUCUCGCACUGUCUGACUCCUCAAAGCACAUCGUUCAGAUUUUGGAGCUACUCGAUGAACGGCGACUGUGUCUCUCCUUCAGUAUCAACCGAAGGGAGUUGGUCUUUUUCUCUGGUCUUGGCCUUUUGUGGCAAACAUUGGGUCUGAAGCGUGACAGCAAGCUAGCCAAGGAGAGCCAGAAGCUUCUUGCUGCUGUUAGGAAGCAACUUGGGCAAGCCUCCUCCGCGGUAGCCGCUGAAUUUGUAAUCCUGGCAAGUGCCCUGGUUCCACUGAACGGUGUGAAGGGCGAAGUGACUACAGGCGUCGAGUCGCAAGAAAUGAUGGCUCCAGCACACAAGCCUAAAUCGUCUCCCAAGAAGCAUCUGCAGUCUUUGAAGUCUCGUCUCACUGGUGCUCAUCGGAACGAGCCGCCGCAGGAAGCUUCGUCACCUUCGCGCCGGAACACCAUUUCCGGUGGCACACCCCCCUUUGGUCCUCAGUCACUUCGCUCCCCGAGCUGGGCGAGCCUUCCUCCAUCGCACCCCGACCAACUCUCGGCUCACCAAUACCCCGCCGAUCGAGGAACUUCGUCAUUGGAUCUUGGUUCAGACUCCCGUCUCAUUUCUUCGUCCAUGGGAUACGAUUACCCACGAGCCAUGUCCACCUCGACUCCAUCGGAUGCCAACACCGGGGCCAUCACAAUGGCCGACUGGGAAUACGUCCUAAGCGAUAUGGACCGAGGCUAUUCGAACAUAUUCACCGGCAUCUACGGCGGGAAGGAGUGCGGCGAGGACCCUGGUCCAUUUGCCUCCAUCACUGCCGAGUACAACCGCGACCACAAGCAGCUCGGUGAUACUUCGCUCGUGGUUCCACCUCCCGGUGAUAUGCAUGAUCUAUCCCCCGAGGCGUGGUCUGCGAGCAGUGGGGAAUUUGCCCCGAAGCAGGAGGCAACGACACAAAGUGUCCUCAGCUACUCCGGCGAGAGCAGUGUCGAGGAUAAUGUGCAUCCAUUCACCGAUCUCUCUGUCCGUCCGGACGACAUGAACUUUAUCGACCCGUUCCACGCAAUUACGAUGCCGCCCGAGGAGGAGAACGGUGAUUUUGCCCUCGCGAACGGCUGGGACCGACGGCUGGCCGUCUGA